AUCGAUGAUGACUCCUUAUCCGCCUGCAACGUAACAGCACUAUGAGACCAGUGAGUCGGGCACGGUUGAGAACAAAGACAGGCUGUCUUACAUGUCGACAACGCAAGAAGAAAUGCGAUGAGACGACCCCAGUCUGCGGAGAAUGCAUCCGAAACCGCCGUAGCUGUCAAUGGCCCGGCUCUAGGGAACUCGUCGACCGUCGGUUUGCAGUACAUGAGGCGUCCAGAUACUGGGCAGCUUCAGCUGAACUAGGUCAUGCCAAGACAUCUCCGCUCGUGUCGAUCUCGACUUUACUGGCAGAGUCGGGGGCGGCCCAUGCUCUCACGUCGCGAGAGAUGCCGGUUGUGCUAGCUCGACACUUCCUCGACCGCUAUUUCGACCUGAUACUGCUACCGACUUGCCAUAGGAGCUUCCGCGACGACUGGCUCGUUGGGAUCAAGCAGCUCAUGCACACACACGAGUGCCUUUUCUACUCAGUACUGGCGUGCUCCGCCUCCCACAUCUACCUUUUGGACAACAACACGCCAACCCAGAGCCUCGCCCUCAGGUACUAUACUAAGGCUACCGGCGCCCUUUCCGCACGCCUUAAGGGCAGUCCACACCCAGAGGAUGACGAUGGGCUGCUCAUGUCUGUCAUGUUGUUGUACCUGCACGGAGUAAGUGAUCUUGACAAGAGGCCAUGGCCAUUCAGCCACACUGACAAGCUCCUCCAGUGCAUCGGCCUGGGGACUUAUGUAGACAUUCCCAUCCAUGUCAACGCAGCCGUACGUAUUCUGAGGGCGCGAAUCCUCGACCGUCGUGGCAGAAUCACCUCGCUGUUCGACAGGGUCGCCAUCGAGAGCGUCCUCUUUCAGAUAUUUCUGUUGAUGACAGGGCUCUGGAGCCAGCCGCCCCAGGUAGACUGUGCCAUUGAUGCUACGUUCUGGGGUCGUGCAGAAGAUGUACUGAAGAAAUGCGACUUGUUUCCCGGGGCCGAGGCGGCAGAGAGCCUCAACAGCCCUGUCCUCGGGGUAUCCGCCUCACUGCUCACCCUGUCUACCUUGCUGCGGCAGCAAUUUGGACGUCACGCACUGGCAGAUGCUGAGACGAUGAGACGUGCCCGUGACGAGGUGGAAGACUGGGAGCGCACUCUCCUCCUUCCGGACGACCCGUGUCCAGCAGCUCCCCUGACUGGGACAUGCAAUGACCACAUCUACAAGGAUGUGAAGCUGCUAUACUCCAUCACCGUCUCGCUCCUAUUUCGGCAGCUGUCUCGCCGCAAUCAGGCGUGCAGCCCAUCACCGUUGCCUGAGCCUGGGAGUUCAUGGCAGGUAAGGAAAGCAAUUAGCAUUAUUCAGCGGCACAAGGGGGACGUCGCGUGGACGAGGUGUUUUGUCGGGAACUGGCCAGUCUAUACGCUUGGCUUUCUCACAGAGGCUCCAGAGGAUCAGCAGAUCAUCCGGGAUGAUUUGCAGGAGCGUCUAGAAGCCACGGGCUUUGCGCAGAUUCCACGGUUCCAGGCAGACCUUGAAGAAACAUGGUCGCAACGGAGGAAUGGCGAGAUAUCCGUAUCGUUUUGACUCCAGAAAGCAAUAUUAAAGAGUGAUGAAAAAAAAAAAAUUCUCCAUGGGAGCAUUCAGCCC